GCGUCCACCUUCCGCAGGCAUGUCGUGGUGGAAGAGUUGGUACCCCUGCACAUGGCCAUCCGAGAAUUACGUCACAGGUGGGCACAAGCCGCAGUCAUUCGUCAGCGCCUCCCUGCAGUCUUGGAAAGCAGCGACGGAUGCAACUCCCUUUUUAGAAGAGCCAGAGGUCACAGGAGCAAAGGUGACGGGACCCCAGCACACACCCUCGACACUCGUAUCAACCUGCAUCACUCAGUCCUCAAGGCGCAGGAGCACACCAUCACUACCAUUACCACUGUGUUGUGGCAUCAUACCAGUGGUAUAAUACCCAGUGACAACCUCCCUCUCCUCUGGGUUCACUUGAGGAGCUGCCACCAGCCACUGGAUGACAUUCAUUUGCACAUUCUUGGUGACAAGAGUUCUCCUGGAUCUCCAAGUUUUCAGGAUACACCACCAUCUACACAGGCAGGGAGCUCCAGAGUUUACCAGACUGACACCAAUACUCACGUGACAAAGAGGACUCACGUACCAGCCAGCGGGGACAACAGCAACCUUGGCUAUGAGUUGCUGUCUCACGUCUGGUGCCUCAAAUAUGACGCUCUCAAAGGACAUGGAGAACACAGACUGGGAGGCCCUUCUAAUGGGAGACGCUGAGACCAAGGCACGCGCCCUCACCACCAGGCUCCUUGCCCUCCAACAGCAGCAUGUGCCCAGCUGAGUAUAUCUCUCCAGGCCUGGUGAUCCCACUUGGUUUGGUUUUCGCAGCAGGGCAUCUGCUGAGGCCAAGCAUGCUGCCUGAGUGAGGUACAAGUGACACCCAUCACGUAGGAACAAGAUGCUGCACCGGGAGGCGUGUAAGAGAAUGACGUCCAUCUGUAGAUGGGCGAGGAAUCAGCUAAGGGAGGACAGAAGGCGAAAGCUCAGUGGCCCAGGUGAAAUCUGGUGAAGGAGCAGCAAGGAGCAUGUCACUGCAAGACUCUUCCUCCACUCACCAGACCUGACGGAUCCAUCGUCACAAGCAGUGCAGACAAGUCCACACUCCUCGCCAAGCUUUUUGCCAACAAGAUGAAGGUUGAUGACCCGGCACAACCUGUACCACAGCUGGCCCCGGAAACUGAUUGCACUGUCACCACUGUCUUGGUAACAGCAGAGCAGGUUGAGUGGCUACUCAAUGCAGUAGAUGUGGGUAAAGCCACAGGCCUGGAUGAUGUCAGCCAACGGCUCCUCAAGCACUGCGCUAGAGAGCUGUCAGCUCCUCUCACCACCAUCUUCACAUCUUGCCUGAGGGAGAAGAAGAGGCCCUCAGUAUGGAAGGAAGUGCAUGUGGUCCCUGUCCACAAGAAAAACUCAAGAUCUGAGACCAGCAACUACAGGCCCAUCUCCCUGCUCUCAGUGGUGGGCAAGUUGCUGGAGCAAAUAGUGUCUGCUGUCAUCUGCCAAUACCUGAGUGAGAACCACCUCCUCUCAGACAGACAAUUUGGCUUCAGGCCUUGGCCGAUCCACCGCAAACCUCCUCCUCCUCCUCUCCAAGGACUGGCAAGAUGCCCUGGAAGAAGGCAUGGACAUCCUUGUGGUGGCCCUGGACAUUGCUGGGCUUUUGACAGGGUCUGGCAUGCGGGGCUCAUUGAAAAGCUUCACGCCAAGAGUAUCCAAGGUGACCUGCUAAUGCUGCUCGAAGAUUACCUCCAGGGUAGGACCCUUCAGGUAGUAGUCAACAGGCAGUCAUCAAGCCUUCACCUGUCUGGGCCUCAGUUCCACAAGACUCUGUCUUGGGCCCAGUCCUAUGGAACAUAAUAAUUAUACAUCAACGACCUCCUCCGGCAGCUCUCAUCUGUGGCAGUGUAUGCCGAUGACUGCACACUCUCCCGCUCCUACUGCCGCUUCAACAGUCAGCGUGCCGUCACUGAGCUGAACUGGCAGCUCGGACUGGUGGAGCAGUGGGGAAAGAUGUGGCAGGUUAACUUCACUCCUGAGAAGAUGCAGGUGAUGGUCAUCUCGCGGUCCCCAGGUGCCUCACACGCAGUCUCAGGACAGCUAAGUUUUGGAGGCAAGAGCCUGCCACUCCAGGAUUACAUCAAGAUCCUGGGCGUGUCUGUAGACCGUGGCCUACACUUCGAUCACCACAACGCUUUCGUUGCCCGCCAGACCUCUCUCCGAGUCUCUGCCCUGUGCAGGAUGGCGAACAUCCUUGACCCACGGGGCAUCCUCAUGCUAUACAGGGCACAGAUACGCCCGUGUAAGGAGUAUGGUGCCCUGUCCUGGAUGUCGAGUGCUGCCACCUACAUGCAGAGACUGGAUGCUGUGCAGAGGCAAGCCCUGCACUUGGUGGCCACCGACGAGGACCAACAGCACCUAGCACCAGUAACGUCACUGGAGCACCGCCGAGACAUAUCGGUAUGGUGUGCCACAAAACUCAGGUGCAGAGGGUCCCCCACCUUGACCCCCUGAAGCUGCUGCCACACACAGUGCAGAGGUGCACCAGAGCUGCAGCUAGUAGUGACGAGUUAGUGAAGGUGCCUCGAUCUCGCUCUAGCCAACACCAGCACACCUACACAGCCAGGACUUCGCGGCUGUGGAACAUGUUCACGGUGACCACGCCCCAAGUGCAGGACAUGUCCGCACACCAGGUGAAGCUGGCAGCCCACAGUUGGCGUAGCAUGCACCUGUCCCCACUGGCACUUUAAAUUUUAGUCUUACAUUAAUAUAUUUCAUUACUGUAUUAUUAUCUUUAUAUUAAUUAUGUAUAGUGUUAUUGCCUGUAAAUAAUACUAUCAUAGGCUUUUAAAAUAAUUCCAUACUCAACAUGGAAUUUUAAGCCUUUGUAUAAAUAUGUAAAAAAAAAAAAAAAACUCAUCAUUAUCUAAAAAUUAUCAGUGAUAAAAGUAAUUACUGCUAAAUAAAUUUUAUGCACAUUCAACACAAAGAUGUUUUAUAGUAUGGAAAAAAUAUAUUAGUGUGUGACUUUCAACAUAACUUAGAAAAUUUGUAUUUAUGCAUAUGAAAAAUAUAUCUUAAUGAAAUAAAAAAAAAACUUUACAUAAAAUCUGUAAGCAAUGCAGACAUACACAACGAAAAUAAAUAUAAAUAAAUAUCACAUGAAACUAAUGAUGAAGUAUCACUUUAAAAAAGAAAGGCUUACAUUUGAGAAAAGUGUGAUUUAUUGCAUCAUCAGUCAGCCCCUGCAGCACACUCCAUGUCUGUGUGAAUUGUGGUGUUCCUCUGCUUCCCCCUGCAGAGUGUGUCCAUGGCUGCAUCUCUGGCCUUCAGGUACUCCUCCAGUGUAGUGACAAAUACACUACCAAGACAGUCUGUGAGUGUGUCCAUGGCUGCAUCUAUGGCCUUCAGGUACUCCUCCAGUGUAACGAUAAACUCAGUACCAAGACAGUCUGUGAGAGUGUCCAUGGCUGCAUCUCUGGCCUUCAGGUACUCCUCCAGUGCAGUGACAAACUCACUACCAAGACAGUCUGUGAGUGUGUCCAUGGCUGCAUCUCUGGCCUUCAGGUACUCCUCCAGUGUAAUAAUAAACUCACUACCAAGAGUGUCUGUGAA